AUGUGGCUUACAGUCAAUAAGAUAGAGUACUACGAACAUCAAGGUACACACAUAGACGCCCCGAUUCAUUUCGGUAAUGGUCGGCAGUCACUUGAAGAGAUUCCGCCUGAAAGGCUUAUUGGUCCUGGAGUAGUAAUAGACAUUCGCAACAAGGUCAAGAAUAACUCUGUUUAUGUUGUAACUGUACAAGAUAUUCUAGAUCAUGAAGAUGAAUACGAAAGAGUACCACCUAAUGCUAUAGUGUCAUUUAACUCCGGCUGGGCACAAAAGUAUCCAAAUGCAAAUCUGAUAUUUGGGACGGAAAAUACCUCCGAUCCUACCACAUUCCACUUUCCAGGUUGGAGUCCGGAAGCAUGUGAAAUGUUACUUCAGAAACGUUAA